GUGUCUCAAAAAAAUUUAAAUAAUUAGUUAUAAUUAAAUAGUGUUGAUAGCAGGAAGUUGAUGUGUGAUGAGAUGGAGGGGUUAAUGAUUGAUUGAUGAGGUCAAGGGGCAAGUAAGCAAAAUGGUAGUGAGACUGACCUGGUGCGCAUAUUCAACGCAAAACAUAACCACUGUUGCUUUGCUUACUUUAAUUUAAUGGAAAUCUCACCAUUUUUUUUCUCCUUAACUGUCCCAACACUGUAGCUUACGAUAACAACACACACACACACUGACACACAUACAGUGAAUUAGAAUAUCCAACUUCCAUAAUCUUCCCAAUAAUUUAUAUGCAACAGUUGCAGUAACCCUCAUCUUUUUUUCUUCUUUUUUUUAUAUGGGCAUUUAAAUAGAAAUAAUUCGAAAAAGAUGUUGCCUUUCCAAUCAUAUUCGAUGCUUCAUCUUGUUCUUCUUCUUCAGUGCUGCAAACUGCGCCAUUGGAGAUAAUGGAGUUUUGAUCAAACACUGAUUCGCGGAAGGCCUCCGCUUGAGCUCCAACUUACUUCUCCAACAUGAAUUCCACGACCACACAGUUCGUUCCCUCACGAAGGAUGGGCUUAUACGAACCGGUCCAUCAGAUGAGCAUGUGGGGAGACUUUAGAAACACCUUGCUCGACUCAUCCCCGCCUCCAGAGCUGAUGCUGGAGGUCAAUGCCAAUCUAGACAACCAGUCAGAGGAUACUACUUCACAAGGAACUUUUGCAGCUUCGCAUAGAAAUGAUCAAGAAGCAAGCAAACCCGAUGAUAAGGUUCUGAGACGCCUAGCACAGAACCGGGAAGCUGCUCGUAAGAGCCGUCUGCGAAAGAAGGCAUACGUCCAGCAGUUAGAGAACAGUAAACUGAGACUCAUUCAGCUCGAGCAAGAGCUCAAUCGGGUCAGACAGCAGCAGGGAUUGUGUGUAGGUGGUGGUAUAGAUACUAGUCAGCUUGCCUACACCGGAAAUUCCAAUCCGGGGAUCAGUGCGUUUGAACUCGAGUACGGACACUGGGUGGAAGAGCAAAAUCGACAAAUCUCAGACUUGAAGAAUGCUUUGCAUUCUGAUAUGGGAGAUACGGAGCUGCAGAUCUUCGUUGAUGGUGGAAUGCAGCAUUACUUCGAGCUCUUCAGCAUGAAAGUGAUGGCCGCCAGGGCCGACGUUUUCUACAUCAUGUCCGGCAUGUGGAAGACGUCGGCAGAGCGCUUCUUCCUGUGGAUCGGGGGAUUCCGCCCUUCAGAACUCGUCAAGCAGGUGCUCUCGCCACACCUUGACGCCUUGUCCGAACAGCAGCGUCUAGACAUCGUUAAUCUCACGCAGUCUUGUCAGCAAGCAGAAGAUGCACUCUCACAGGGGAUGGAGAAGCUCCAGUUCAUCCUAGCCCAGGCCAUCGCCGACGGCCUACUGCAAGAAGGGAACUACCUACCUCAGAUUGGAGCCGCCAUGAACAAGCUCGACGAUCUGGUCAGGUUCGUCGUUCAGGCUGAUCAUCUCCGACAAGAGACGCUGCAGCAGCUCUCGCGCAUCCUCACCACUCGUCAAGCAGCCAGAGGCCUCCUGGCCCUCGGGGAGUACCUGCAACGCCUCCGGGCUCUGAGCUCGUGCUGGUCAUCCCGUCCUCGUGAACAAGCCUAGAGAUGAAUUCUUGAAUUUUGGUGGCCUAUAUAGUAAGAAUUUUCUCUAAGAUCUAAGGUUUAUGCCCAUUUUUGAUGUGCUUUCCUAUGAUUGAGAAAUUUGUAGAUAUGAUCAGAUAGUUUUCUGUGUAGAGGAAUUUCUCAGUUAGACUACUUCAGGUUUGAUUGUCUGUUUCUAUUUGGAACUCUAUUGUGUAAAAACAGGCUAUAUUAGCAUCAGUUUCUAACAAAAAACUGUAAUAUAAGGCGAAAAUGCUGCAAGGAGCUCUGAAAACGACGAGAAACAAAGUCUGCACGGAUUUAAGGAUGCUCAGAUGCAAGAAAGUGCAGCAGAUAGAUAGAUAUGCAGAAUGCAGGCAGUGGUCAAUCCAUUUUUUUGUGUCGUUCCAUCUCAUAAUAAUGAACGUUCGGCAAUUUCAAAGAUUA